AUGAUCACACCUGAACCCCACGCCAUUCUUAUGGAGUUGAGCAACAGUGAGCACGACAACGAGAAGGAUCCAAGAAAGAUCAUCAGGCGCAAGUGGACCGCCUCGCACGAUUCCCACAUGCUUCCGGGUCAAAAAUGGGUUGUUUCGACCCCAAAGGGUGCUUGUUGGUGGGCAGAGGACCUUCGUCGGUGCCCAGUCAGUUCAAAGUUCUACGUGAAGCGUACUAGUGGCGUUGCCCCGUCGGAUCGUGGCCGCCGCGAACGUGGCUUUCGCCACCAAAUAUCUCCCGCGUUUCUUCUGUCCCGUGUUGUCGGCCUAAUAAAAAAUCCCGCCACUUGGCGGAGGGAUAAUAACGAGAUUUGCUGGAAUGUGACAUUCCACAAUGUGGAUACUGUGAGUACCUUCACGCUAUGUGCGAAGAAAGGAGAAGACGCGAAGGCAUUCUUUCACGGUUUAAAGGAAACGGAGGACGAAGCUGUGGAUUUGCUUAAUCUUUUGACUGCUUCCAAGUUCCCAAGCAGUUGUAAGAGAUUGAUAUCGUGGAAGAAAAGCUAA